AUGAAGUAUCUCAUUGCUUACUCCGCUCUUUUCGCCGCUGUUCUUGCCAGCCCCAUGGGCAAUGGCAACACGGGCGAUGACGACGACGACAUGGGCGGCAAGACCUGCGAAAGCGAGCAGACCGUUGUCUGCAGCGGAAACGGCAAUGGUGGCCUUAUCUCCCUGGGCAACAUCCUCAACGGUCUUCUUGGCGAAAGUUGCUCCGGUGGUGAUGUCUACUGCUGCGAGACUGGCAAGGUGGAACAGAUUGGCUUGAUCAACCUCAACCUGGAUCUGGAGUGCUCCCUGAACCACCUCCUUUAA